AUGACGAAAAACAAGGAUGGUCAUUGGGAGGCACCACUUCCUCUCCGUCAAGAUCGUCAACCACUUCCCAACAACCGUGAGGAUGCAAUGAAAAGAGCACGAUCAUUGACAGCCAGCCUUAAGAGAAAACCGCGAAAGCGGGAGCACUUUACUAAUUUCAUGUCGAAGAUCUUCGAAAAGGGUCAUGCUGAGCAAGCACCCUCUAUUAGUGACAAAGUGGAACGAUGGUACCUACCGAUCUUCGGGGUCUACCACCCCAAGAAACCGGACUCAAUCCGAGUCGUCUUCGAUUCAUCUGCUAAGUGUAAGGGAGUCUCGCUCAACGAUGCCCUUCUGAAAGGACCAGACCUCUCCAACAGUCUUCUUGCAAUUCUCAUUAGAUUCAGGAAGGACACUGUUGCAUUCAUGGCAGAUAUCCAACAGAUGUUUCACUGUUUUGAUGUGAAAGAAGAACACAGAGACCAUCUCAGAUUCCUGUGGCACAAAGCUAAUGAUCUAGAACAGGACAUGAUCGAGUACCGCAUGAAGGUCCACACCUUUGGUAACUCACCGUCACCGGCUAUCGCCACAUACGGUCUGAGGAAGGCCGCCUUCUCUGUAAAAGAGGACUUCGGUUAUGAUGUCUGCGACUUUGUGCUCAACAAUUUCUACGUGGACGAUGGUCUGCUGUCCCUCCCCGACGUCGAAUCCGCAGUGGAUAUUCUCAAAAGAACUCAAAGUGCACUGUGGGAUGGAGGACGUCUGCGCCUACAUAAAAUCUCCUCAAACAGUCAGGAACUUAUGGACUCAUUUCCAUCAGGGGAUAUCGCGGAAAAUCUGAAGGACAUCAGCUGUCAGACUGAAAACCCACCACUUCAACGAAGUUUAGGUAUCUUCUGGAAUAUAUCUCGUGACACAUUCACAUGCAAAGUGUCCCCUGAGAAGAAACCAUUCACCAAAAGAGGACUUUUGUCGACUGUUGGAAGCCUCUACGAUCCACUUGGUCUCCUUGCACCUAUAACCAUCAAAGGCAAAAUGUUCUUCAGGAGUGUUAUAAAUUUGCAAUGUGGUUGGGAUGACCCUCUACCCUCUGACCUUGAGAGAGAAUGGCAUCAGUGGUGGUCUUCCUUGACCGAGCUCGAGACCCUCAACAUACCUCGCUGCUAUGGUAGUGGUACCACAGGAAAGAAAGUGAAAGAACUACAUGUCUUCUCCGAUGCUUCAUCGGAAGCCAUCGCAGCAGUAGCCUUCCUGCGAACUAUCGACAGUGAAGGACUGUCCCAGGUCUCAUUUGUUCUAGGAAAGGCGAAGUUGGCACCUGCUGGAGGACAUACAAUCCCUCGCUUGGAGCUAUGUGCAGCUGUCCUUGCCACUCAGAUCAAGGACACAGUGUUGGCUAGUCUGCACCUGGAUAUUGACAAAGUGAAGAUGUACACCGACAGCAAAAUUGUCCUUGGGUACAUCUGCAACGCCAAGAGACGAUUCUAUGUAUAUGUUGGAAACCGUGUUCAGACAAUCAGGAAAUCGACAGAACCUGUCCAGUGGAUGUACGUCAAUACAAACGACAACCCAGCGGACGUAGGAACACGCUCAGUUGCUGCUUCCAAGAUGGAAUCGAGCAUUUGGCUCCACGGACCGCCAUUCCUCAAUGAAAAUGAAGCAGAACCUCUAUUUACUGUCGACGAAUUUCCGCUCGUCAAUCCAGAAUCCGACAAGGACAUUCGCCCAGAGGUACACGUGGCUAAAGGGUCGGUUUCGAAGAAGAAAUCGUUUGAUAUCACCAAAUUUGAGAGGUUCUCGCAAUGGGAUCGACUUGUAAAAGCCAUAUCCUACCUCAUUCAUCUGGCCAGAUCUUUCAAAAUGUCCUCCCACCCCUGUGUGGGAUGGCACCUGUGUGCCAAACACAAAGAGCAGUCUCUCAAGGAGGACGCCGAACGAUUGAUCAUUAUGAAACUACAGAAGGAACACUACUCAAAAGAAAUUGAGUGUCUGCAAAAUGGAAAGAAUCUACCUCGAAAUAGUUCAAUACUCAGCUUGACACCAUUCCUUGAUGAGCAGGGAGUUCUUCGUGUCGGAGGGAGGUUGAACAAGACCCAUGAACCUGCUCAUACAACUCAACUCAAUCCUAUAAUCAUCCCAGGAAAAAGUCAUGUUGGUCUUCUCCUCGUUCGGCAUUUUCAUCACAAGGUCCAACAUCAAGGUCGACACCUGACCGAAGGAGCGGUCAGAUCCGCGGGAUUUUGGGUCGUUGGAGGAAAAAGGGUAAUCUCCUCGUGUAUCCACCAAUGCGUUACCUGUCGGAAGCUUAGAGGUACCACUGGUAUUCAGAAGAUGUCCGACCUUCCGGUCGCUAGGAUUACGAUAUCUCCCCCGUUCACCCAUGUAGGCGUUGACAUAUUUGGCCCAUGGCAAGUUGUUGCCAGGAAAACCAGAGGAGGUGUUGCCAAUGCCAAACGUUGGGCUGCCUUGUUCACUUGCCUUGCCACUAGGGCAGUCCAUAUCGAGGUGGUAGAAGACAUGAGUACCAGCGCAUUCAUCAAUGCUUUACGCAGAUUUACGUCUAUCCGCGGAGAAGUCAGACGAUACUACUCGGAUCGAGGAACGAACUUUGUCGGUUCAACUGACCAUUUGAAAAUUGAUGCAAUCAAUGUCGAGGACAGCGUAACCAAAGAAUACCUCUACCAAAAAGGAGUGUCCUGGAUCUUUAACGCCCCUCAUUCAUCUCACAUGGGCGGAGUCUGGGAGAGAAUGAUCGGUCUCUCCAGACGUAUUUUAGAUUCGAUGCUACUUCAACCCGAGAACAGAUCUCUCACUCAUGACGUGCUGUCGACGCUCAUGUAUGAGGUGACAGCAAUCCUCAACAGUAGGCCAAUAACGCAGGUCUCCACAGACCCGGAUCACCCAGAAAUUCUCACGCCAUCAUCAUUGUUGACUCAGAAAGUUGGCAUUCCCCAUGAACCGUUUGGUGACUUGACUGUGAAGGACAUGUAUAGGGCCCAGUGGUCGUCGGUUCAAGUGCUUGCUAACAAGUUUUGGUCAAGGUUCUCAAAGGAAUACCUUGAUACGCUGCAAGUCAGACCAAAGUGGCAAGUGGCAAAGGACUACUAA